UCCGCCGGCUGCGAAACGGUCCGUCGAACGCGAAACGAUCCGCCGGACGCGAAACAACGAUCCUACGAACGCGGCGCGCCGCUACAACAGUAGUAGUCAGAAAACCGUCACGACGGCUAUUUACUCAACAGCCACUAUAUAUAAUAAUAUCACCACAGUAUCGUUAUACGUAAUAUCGGACUGGGCGUGUUUCGGAACGAAACCGUAAAACCGUCGCGGUCAUCGGACGACCCGUUUGGUUAGGUUAGGUUAGGACGACCCGCCGCGCAUCCACAUAUCGCUCCACCCGUCGAGGACCGCACGCCAUGGCUCGACAUGGGUGAUCUCGCCGACACCAUCGACGAUCUCAUAUGCAGUUUCGAAAGCGAUGGUAGCAAGACCAUGGACACGCUGAUCAUGUACUUGUUCUGCUGGGCGCUCGUCGGUUUUGCCGCGCUGGCCGUCGGCAAGUUCGCCUAUGGUCGGAUCGCCCAGUACGCCGGCCGCAAAUCUAUUACCGCCCGAACAGCCGCCGCGGCCGGCGCGGAACCGGAAGCGGCGGCCUCCGGCGACCGGAAACCGUCGCAGCUGCACCACCAUCGGGUCGUGCCCCCCACGCCGCCCGUGGCCCGCAAACGGCUGGGCUCCAAGACGGGCCGCACGUCAGCGGCCGUGGCUGGCGUGGCCGCCGGUCUGUCCGCCGUACCGGCCGCCGCGGCCGCCAGCAAGGCAGUUCUCGUCGGAACAGCAGCAGGCUGUCCACAGUCACCACCACAAUACGCAGCACCAACGCCGAACGCCGCCCGCGGCCACCGGCAAUGACCAGGACGCUGUCCGCUGGACGAACAACGUGUUAAAGUGGCUGUACGACGUGGCCGCGUCCGGCGGCGGCGGCGGCGAACCGUCGACCAUCGACUAUCUGCUGGGCGAGUGGACAGUCCGCCCUCAACGAGUAUACAAAAAAAUCGUUUGCCGAACACGGCGUUGGCGUUGAAUUCGUUCGGUUUCUACCAGAAACUCAUCCACCCGUACUCAGUAACGUUUUUUGCGAACUUGGAGUUUAUGAAAAUAUCACGAUUACUUGUGACUGUGACGCUACACCGGCGAUGCAGUUGAAGGCAAUGCGACAAAAGGGCGACAAAGUGGAUGUCUCUCAUUACCGAGUAAACGUAAAUAAGUUACAAGCCCGGUUGAACAUUUCAUGUGACACUGCUAAGAAGAGAGGACAAAUCAAAUUCGACGGAUGGCCAAAAAUAAAAGUUAUGUUGGCCCAGGUGGGAUACAUUAAAAGUAAAACGAUGGAUGAAGUACAACUGCAAGACGUGAUCAUGGACAUUGUGACCGGUGCUAUAAGAUCAACAGAUCUUUCUGUCGAUUUGUAUCGGUGGUCAGAAUUUCCGAGUUUCACGAAAAGUCAACAGCCGAUAACCACUUCGCCUUUAGACUCAUAUACCGAACGAAUGACAAGUCCGAAAAUAGAAUCAACAGUCAUGAAGCAAGGAGAGAAAAGAUUAAUGGUAAAAGUCAUAAAAGCGAUCGGACUCGGACUCAAACAAGGAUGUUUCGAGCCGUACUGCGUGAUCGAAGUCGACGACCCGUUCCAGAAGAAGCAGACUUCGACAAAGAAGAACACUUCGUCGCCACAGUGGAACGAAAACUUUAUGUUCACGCUGAACCGAACGACAGAGGAGAUAUUAUUCGAAGUAUACGACUGCAACCCGAAUGGCGGCAAUCAGUUUAUGGGCUUGGCUAUUGUCAGCGUCGAAGAACUACUUGUCAACCCUUACCAGAGACAAGUGCUGUCACUCCAGUCACGGCCAUAUCAAGAUGAUUCGGUGUCCGGCACUCUCACGUUAGAAUUCAUUUUUCUCGAGGAUGAAGAACAGAAUGUCGUAUCAAAAGGAACUACAGAUUUUACAAACGAAAGGCUUUCGAUGUAUAAUGAUCAUUAUUUGCAAGAACCGUUUGCAGGCAGUGUGAAUCAAACACGCAAGAACGCACAGGAAGAAAACAAGAACAAACACAUAUCUUACAACAUUAACACAGUGUUUAACGGCAAAGAUUAUUUACAAAUGCCGUCGGAUCACAGGAACAUGGCGCAAGACGGUGUGGCUAGUCGGAUGGGUUUCUACAAUAAUGGCGAUCCGCAACAGAAGCGCGAGUCCGAAACGGGUAUAAGCGUCGACAGACAAUACGACACUGGCUACAAUGGAAUGCAUGAAGCUGAUCGUGGUCGGAGCAGGAAGAAGAAACGUGACUUUUUUGGUGCUAUGAGGACUCGGUUCAAUAGAUCAAAGUUCAGGUCCAAGUCGAUCGACGCCAAUCAGCACGACAAGUACAACGAUUUGUACGGUCUGUCGCCGGGACAGGCGCGAUCGAUAUCGGCGGAUGGCACCAGGAACUCGUCUGAACCUUCCAUUGAUUUACUGGCACCUCCUCGGGCUGGUUCGGCGCGGUCAAGCCUGAGCGAAAUGUCCGGAGCCAGUGGUACUUCAACGGGUACGUAUCUAAACGAAGCAUCUACACUGGUGUUGGAGACGACGGAAAACAACGUGAAAAAACAUUAUUUGGUACCGUUCACUCAGGCCAAGAAAAGCAAAUGGAAGAGAGCUGGUGUUAAAUUGCACAUAUAUAACGAUCAUACGUUUGUCGCCAAACAUUUGUCCAGCCGCCUCAACUGCCUGGUGUGCGCGAGAUACUUCCCAAGGCGCAUCGGCAAACAAGGGUAUGAAUGCAGGGACUGUCUGAUCAAAUGCCACAAGGAAUGUCACGUUAAGGUGUCGGUGGUGUGCACCAAUUCAAAAAUUCAUAAUAUCGACCUGAAUAAUUUAACAGUAUUGCCAUCGAUAUCGGCAUAGUGACUGCAUAGUCGGCCGCGUCAGACGUGCACGUCCGUUCACGUUCACCUUAUCUACCCGCUAAUAAUAAUGUCAUAUUAUCGUAACAUUAUAACAUCAUAUUAUAUUGUAUACAAUAACCUUAUUAUAUUUGUGUAUACCAAACCAUCGUAUUAUUACAAUAUAUAGGAACACUCGUUAAAAUGACGUCAAAAUAAAUAAAAACCGGACUGUCGUUA